CUUCACUUCGGGUUAGACAAUGUCGCGGUCGUCUGUGGCGCUGGGUGUACUCGGCGGGCUGGCAGCUGGCGCGGGUCUGGGAUUUGUGGCGGCGUCGAAACUCGUGGCGAAGAACGCAAAGAAAAUGCUUACGAAGCCUCGCCUGUACAUCUACGACCAUUGCCCGUUUUGCGUCCGUGCGCGAAUGAUCUUUGCGUUGAAAGGUGUGGACGUCGAGCUCGUGUUCCUGGCCAACCACGACGAAGCGACACCGAUUGGACUUGUUGGCGCAAAGGUUGUGCCUAUCUUGGAAACGCCCGAGGGGAUUGUGAUGCCUGAAAGCAUGGAUAUUGUCCGGUACGUCGACACGCACUACGGAGGUACUCCCAUCCUAGCCGAUGCCGACCCGACCCGCGAAGAUCUCAAGAAAUGGAUUCACGACUCCGCGGAUGUCAUGCGUCGCCUAUAUCAUCCUCGCUUCCAAGCGGGAUACUUUGCCGAAUUCGCGCAAUCGGCUUCCCGGAACUACUACAAGACGAAGAAGGAGAAGAGCAUUGGGUCGUUCGAUGUCUCGAUUGCCAACUCUCCAGCGUAUAUUCAGGCGCUGAACCAGCACUUGGCAGACUUGGAAGGAAUGUUGAAGACGCCGCAGACGGUCAAUGCAACGCUUAGCUACGACGACAUUGACCUGUUCGGGCGGUUGCGCGGUCUCACAAUCAUCAAGGGUGUCGUAUGGCCACCACGGGUGCGUGCGUACAUCAGCGGGCUCUCCAAGACCACGGACGUCCCUCUUUUGGACUCGAUUGCGCAAUUCUGAACCAGUGUAGUCACGCCUUCAACCCGUUGACUUGAUAUCCAUUCACAGACUCAAUCAAAUGCAUAUUUCGAAAUGGCCAUCGCACGACGGCAUGGUUCACAA